AUGUGUCAGUCGUCAGGAGUUGCUCCGGCGCCUGUUUCUCAGUCUGUUAUGUCCUUACAGGCUUACACCAGAGAACACAAUACGCUACUGAAAGAUUAAAUGAUGUAAGGCGGGGAAGAUAACAAAAGAAGAAACCAUUAACAGCCACCCUUCACAGCCACCCCGUCUUAUUUCUCUUCGUCGCUGUCUCUGAUUACGCCACCUCCAUCCCCUUCCCGCUUCCACUACUCGAUCAUACAUAUAUAUAAUGGCCGAUAAAUAUGGUCCCAAUGAUGAUCAUGAGGUGCACAUUUCUACGCGUACUAAGGAAAGGAGGGGUCGCAAAAAGAAGAAUGGUAAGAAAAUAAUUGAAUGGGGAUUUAAUAAGCAAGCAGUUGGUAAAUGGGCCGAAGAGUUCAAGACUUUCACCGGAAAGCUAGUUCGUGCUCAUGUGAACAUUAAUAUCAAAACCUGGAAAGAAGUUCCAACAUCAUUGAAAGAACAUAUGUGGCGCGAGAUACGGCGUGAUUAUUUUAUCGAAGAUCAUAUGAAAAAAGUGAUUUACUCAAAGUUGGCUAAGCUUCAUCGAGAUUGGCGCAAUAAAAUGAGAACCGGAUAUGUCUAUAAGACUAGGCCAGUGGGACAGAAAAAUGGCGAGGCUUAUGACAAAUACAAAGACCAAAUCACAAAAGAACAAUGGGAAGAGUUUAUGGCUAGGAGUAUGACUUCGGAGUUUAAGACUUUAAGCGAGAAGAACAAACAAGCUGCCUUAAUGAACGAAUACAACCACCAUAUGGGUCGAUCAGGAUAUGCAUUAUCCAUCCCCAAAUGGAAAGAGCAAGGCUUGUUAGAUCAUUUUAUGCCUGCCUCUGAGGUAGUGUCUACCAAUUCGAGUGAGCAAAAUGCCGACAAGUAUCCUAGACAUGUGUACUGGUUUUGUGGGAGAGCAAACUUGACCCAAGAUGGACAAUUGAACUUCCCGGGUAAUAGUGAAGGCAUGUGGGCAAAAAAAGAGAAAUUAAAAAAUGUGCAAGAGGUAAUGGCUGCGGGUACGUGGGCUCCGAAUGGGCGCCAUGAUAUCUUGUCUGAGGUCAUUGGCCAGCCUGACCAUCCAGGACGCGCACGAGGUGUUGGUGGUGUUGUGGGCUAUACUCAUUUAUUUGAGCGAGAGUUGAGAAGUGCACGCCCUGAGAAAAAGAAUAAUUUAAAUGAUGAGCAAUUAAAGCUUUUGCAAGAGAAAUGGCGAAAAGAUAUGGAUGAGUUCUUUACUGCGCGAGGUUUUCAGGCUCGUUUCACUUCUACCUCAGUGCACUCUGAGUCUGUGGGUUCUCCAUCACCAUCAAUUCCACACAAAAGUUUCAAAGAUGGUACAUCAUGUCAAGUGUGUGUAGAGUCGAGUACAUGUGCGGAAGAUGAGACCUUAGACACUGUGGCCCGUGCGUUGGCUUACAAUCCAGGUCCCGAAGGCACUUUGUGUGAUGCUCCCAUUUCAGGGAGCACUGUGAGAGUGAAAAUCUCUAUGGUAUGUGAUGGUUUUGAUCAGUGUCUGCUUCCCAUUCCUAAUGGUAAUGCACAAAUCACUGUUCUGGCCGAUGCUAUUGGUACCUUUGUUCAAUGGCCAGCUCACUUGGUAGUUUUUGGUGGAGAGGAACCACUGCCACUGAAGACAGUGAAGAGGGAUAACAAAAAGAAACCAGAGAAACCAUUUGUUCCAAGACAGCCCCCUAGAGAGAUGUAUUCUAUCACUAAAUAUCCACUUGUCAACGAUGAUACUUUAAAGACACUCAAAGGCGAUAUGUUGGAGAUGCAUGAGACAUUGAAGUACUUUAAACCUGAGUUUUGUAAGUUUUCAUUACCUCAAUCCUCAGAGUUGUUCCACUACAACUCAGUUGAUGAUAUGUUUGGCUCCGUCAUUGAGCGUAAGGAUAUAAAGGAGUUCUUAGAAUGUGACAGCAUCAAUAUGAGUAUAAUAUUAGCUUUUCUAGUUUGUCUAAAUGCAAAACUGGAAGAAGUUGAUGUUGAUGGUAUUGCCUUCUUGUGUCCAUCAUUAUGCUCUUAUGCUUAUUUUGAAAGCGAUAUGGAAGGCGUUACAUCAUAUCUAGUGCAAAAUAUGAAUGCUCUUUUUCAUAAAAGGUUGAUUGUUCUUCCAUAUAAUCAAAGAGAUCAUUGGCUAUUGGUCGUUAUUUGUCCAAGCGUGAACAAGUGCUAUAUCCUUGACUCUCUCCCGGGAGAAUGCGAUAUGAGUUGCUUGAAGAAAAAGUUGUCAUUAGCAUAUAAGGUUGCUUUUGUGCACUAUGGGAAUGGGAAGUCAACCGAAUGGCAAUACCUUAAGUGUGCAAGACAAAUAGGGAGGGCAUCAUGUGGGUAUUAUUUGAUGCGCUUCAUGUGGGAAGUGUGUUUCUCAUUACAAGGUAGCGACGAUAUUGGAAAGGACUGGAUAUCAAGAGAAGAACCGUAUUCAAUCGUUGAAAUUGAUGAAAUGCGUAAUAUGUGGUGUAGGCAUUUUCUAGAUAUUAUUAUGGAACUUUAGACUGGAUUUAGCCAUGCGAACAAGACAUGCAUAUGUAGUAUGAUCCAUUUGGUUUAGUAGCAUGUACUAUGUGUCUGCUAUGUUAAUUGAUUGGUACAUAGGGCAGUGUUGUCCCCUUGGGAAUCUGUUAUAUAUAUAUGACCAUGUACUAGCAUAAUGUAUGAAAGGGUUCGUUUGUUCAUGCAUAUUACACUUAGCUCUUAUCCAAAAUUCCAAAUCUAAUGGAAAUAUUUAAAGCUCA